AUGCCACUCUUCACCCCCUUCCCCAUCCCCUUUCCCAAUCCCGUUCCCUUCUUCGGCGGACUGCCCAAUACGGAGGAACUAGUGGAGGAGGAGGAGGAGCUGCACGAGCACGAGCACGAGCACAACGUCAACAAUAAACAAGCCGUACCAACGCCUCCUCUGUUAUUCUUCCCGUAG